AUGGCAAAUUUCAUCAAGAAAAUAGUUGAUCGAGCUAGGUCUCGAUCAAAAUCACCGGUAAAAUAUCAGAGAAAUGAUUACGAGCUGUGGCGGCGAAUGAAACAACCCCAACAGCAACCUUCUUAUUAUGGAUCACCGACCGGAACCUAUGAUUAUUUCGUACAUCCGGAAUACGACCCACCAUUGCAGGAUUUCCAUGAAACUCAUCGCUGGGAUAUACGUCCAUCUCAUCAAUCAGAUAUUGUUCAUCCAUACAAAGAACUAAUUACUUCAGAACAAUUAAAUCCAAUUCAUGAUGAUAUGAUAAAUAAGCAUAAUGAAACGUUUGAUUCAUUAUCCAAUCCGACAGACAAUUGGGAGCACCGUUCUAGCGCAUCAUUAAUUAGCAAUAAACGAAAAGAAUUUAAUUUCAACAAAAAAGGUACCAGUCGACCUCGAUCUAGCAGUCCACAGAAAACACCGCGAACAUCACCUGAUGAUGUUUCGAAGAAAAGUCGUUCAAAAUCACCAAUCAAAAGGUUUCCACAAAUCUCAGAAACGUUGAAUUAUUUAACGUCACGUUGUCAAUUAGGUGGUUGUUCGGCUACAAUUAUUGUUCAAGAUACAAAAUUUCUGGUUUGCAAACACCAACUUUCACACGUGAGCGACUAUUUCCGAGCGCUGUUCUCGGCGAAUAAGCCUGCAGCCGUGUCAGCAGCAGGAGCAGGUGGUGCAUGCAGCAGUUCGUGCGAUGAAUUUGCAGUCGUUGUUUCCUCGUUUAAGCAUCCUCCACCGGCUGUGCAAUUUAAAUGGUUUCUGGAAAGUGCAAUUCAGACUGCUGCUUUCACCGAUAUCACAGAUGACACGUUGGAAACAUGUAUGAGGUUGUCAAAGCGAUUUCGUGCUAAAUAUUUGGAAAUGAAAUGUGCCAAAUAUAUUCAGGAUAAUGUAAGUAAACGAACACCAAUGGUGGCAUUGUGCUGGUUGAACUGGGUGCUGAAGCAUAAAUUCGAUCGGAUCACGCAUGACGCUUGUCUUCCAUGCGUUGCUGCAGCUUCGGUACAGUGUCUCGAGGAGCACCGAAAUUUAAUUUCUGAGCGAUUGCUAGCUGAUUUACUGGCCGCUAAGUUGAGGACACUUUACGACCAGGCGGUAACUGUCUUCCAAACAAUUCAUAGCAUGGAUCAUUUCUAUGUGGAUGUCGCUAAAUGUCCGACGUGUGGACGUCAACGUGAGCAAGGGAAAGUUCGCAUACAAGCCAGUCCUUGCAGGAAGAUACUUGGUUGUGAGCGAUGUUUACGAGAGUUUGGUUGCAAUUUGAGCGGCAAAGAUCACAAAGAGCUUCAAGCGUGCUAUCAGUGUGAGCACGGCUUGACAGCAUUAAAUGACCACACGGACGAUUGUCAAUGUCAAAUUCCCUUAUUAGCCUCACAUUUGAGCGGCUUACAGUCUCAUUUCUUGCCAGUCACCAAUCCUCCCUGA